AUGCUUCUCAAAUCUUACUUAUCAGAUCGAUCUCAGAAAUGUCAAGUAAAUGGGGAACUUUCCACAUUAAAAUAUGGAGUUCCUCAGGGUUCAAUUUUGGGUUCACUUCUGUUUUUAAUUUAUAUCAAUGAUUUGCCGAAUUGUUUACCACAUUCUACAGCACGCAUGUUCGCCGACGAUACUAACAUUACAGUGUCCGGUAAAUCAAUUAAGGAAGCUGAGGUGGCCGUUAAUGCUGAUCUCAAUAAUAUCAGAGAAUGGCUUCUAUCGAACAGGCUCUCUCUUAACCUUGUCAAAACGGAAUAUAUUUUGAUUGGAUCACGCCACAAUAUUAACACGUUAGAAGAACAACCGCGUGUUUUUAUUGGAGAUGAACCAAUUAAAGGGGUUCAAGUUACAAAAACUCUUGGAGUCAAAAUUGAUCAAUUUUUAACUUGGGACAGUCAUAUUGACCAAAUUUCAAAAAAAAUAUCUUCUGGAAUAAGUGCCAUGAAAAAUAUAAAGGAUUUCACUAAUUCCGAUACUUUGGG